GGCGAUGACGAUGAAGAGAGUGGCUGUCUGACUGCCUCUUGUCCUCCCCCCACCACCAUCCCAUUCCCAUCCUUCCAUCCGUUCCUCUAAAAAAAUAAACUUCGGAUCAGCCAAAUCUCAUUCUCCAGCAGUCCGAGCCCACCGAGGCGGGCAGCGGCGACGCGAGGUGCUUUGCCUGAAUCUCAGAAUCCCAGAAGUGUGUCAACGGAGAUUAAGGGGAGAAGGAAAUUAUAUGAAGAAGAAAGGGAGAUGAAGGUGGAAGAGAGAUGAGCUCCCCUAAAUUUUCAGCCUGCAUCUGCCACUGGUCAUCGCCACACGCUCAUGCUCGGAAAAAGAAUAGGUUUCCUGAAGAAAUGAUGGAAGGGGAGGCAGAUAUCGUGGUUGGUUCUUGUUCUAAGCCAUGUGGGCCCUUGGAGGAAUACCACAUUCCAGAUUACAUUCUGAAGCCUGAUUGCCAACAAGUGAUUGUCGAUCAUGCUCCUCCCUGUCCUGUAGUAGUGUUCAUCAACUCAAGGUCUGGCGGCCAACUUGGAAGUAGUUUGAUCAAAACAUACCGUGAGCUCCUCAAUGAAGCACAGGUUUUUGACCUCUCAGAAGAGGCUCCAGAUAAGGUGUUGCACCGUUUAUAUGUCAACCUUGAAAGACUCAAGAUGGAAGGAGACAUUCUUGCUGUUCAAAUUUGGAGGACGCUGAGGCUAAUUGUUGCAGGCGGUGAUGGUACAGCUAGCUGGCUGCUUGGGGUGGUCAGUGACCUUAAGCUUGCUCACCCACCUCCAGUUGCGACUGUGCCUCUGGGAACAGGAAAUAACCUUCCCUUUUCAUUUGGAUGGGGAAAGAAGAAUCCUUCUACGGACCAAGAGGCUGUAAAAUCGUUCCUUGGGCUAGUGAAGCAUGCAAAAGAAAUUAAGAUUGAUAGUUGGCACAUCAUUUUGAGAAUGCGAGUUCCAAAAGAAGGUCCAUGUGAUCCUAUUGCUCCAUUAGAGUUGCCUCACUCGUUGCAUGCAUUUCAUCGUGUCUCAAGUGGUGACUCCUUCAAUAUGGAAGGUUACCACACAUUCCGUGGAGGAUUUUGGAAUUAUUUUAGUAUGGGGAUGGAUGCAGAAGUGUCUUAUGCAUUUCAUUCUGAAAGGAAGAGGAAUCCAGAGAAGUUCAGGAACCAGCUGACAAAUCAGGGUACAUAUGCUAAGCUUGGACUUAAACAAGGAUGGUUUUGCGCUUCUCUAAGUCAACCAUCGUCAAGGAACCUUGCUCAACUUGCAAAGGUAAAGGUCAUGAAAAGACCUGGUAGCCAGUGGGAGGAACUUCAGGUUCAUCACAGCAUCCGGUCAAUUGUCUGUCUGAACCUUCCUAGUUUUUCUGGAGGACUGAAUCCUUGGGGCAUGCCUGGCACAAGGAGAGCAGCAGAUAGGGAGUUUACCGCACCUUUUGUCGACGAUGGACUCAUUGAGGUUGUUGGCUUCCGUGACGCUUGGCAUGGGCUGGUCCUGUUGGCCCCUAAUGGACAUGGUACUCGCAUUGCGCAGGCCCAUAGAAUCCGGUUCGAGUUCCACAAAGGCGCGGCGGACCACACGUUCAUGAGGGUCGAUGGAGAGCCGUGGAAGCAGCCUCUCCCGAUGGACGACGACACCGUCGUCGUGGAGAUCUCCCACCUCAGGCAGGUCACCAUGCUGGCAAACGAGCCCUGCAGGUCCAAGAGCGUCAGCGACCCGUCCUUGCCAUCCCCGGCCCACGACAGCCAUGGCGACGACAAGGAUGCCGCGGAGGAGGACGAGGAUGAGUGGGAGGAUGGCAGGAGGAAGUUUGGGGCCGCGGAUACCUUCAAGCUCCCUGACGAGAUCGACAUUGCUCAUCUCAGUUGAGCUUCGCUUCUGCAUUGUCGUGUGCAUUCUGAUCAUAUAUAGGAAUUGAUUUGCUAUAUGAUUGCCUCAGCCCUGUAUAAGUGGAUCUAAUGUAUAAUUGCAAAAACACACGAACAUUUUUUUUCCAUUCAAGAAUGCAGCGUUUGCUUUUUGUUAAAAAGUGGCUCAAAUAUUUAAUGUAGAUAUAUUGCUACUGUAUGUAA